GGCGAGCGAGAUGCUGGCAAAGGCCUGGAGAUGCGGAAGCUGGUGCUCUCUGGUUUCCUGGCCAGUGAGGAGAUCUACAUCAACCAGUUGGAAGCCCUCUUGUUGCCCAUGAAGCCACUGAAGGCCACGGCCACUACAUCACAGCCUGUCCUCACCCUCCAGCAGAUUGAGACAAUUUUCUACAAGAUCCAGGACAUCUAUGAGGUCCACAAGGAAUUCUACGACAGCCUGUGCCCAAAGGUGCAGCAGUGGGACAGCAACAUCACCAUGGGCCACCUCUUCCAGAAGCUGGCCAGCCAGCUGGGGGUCUACAAGGCCUUUGUGGAUAACUACAAAAUCGCACUGGAGACAGCAGAGAAGUGCAGCCAGAGCAACUACCAAUUCCAGAAGAUCUCAGAGGUAAGCUGUGCCGGGGACAAAGGGCGAAGAACAGCAUCGCUAUGGCUGAGUCCACUGC